AUGGCAAGUGGCAAACUUGUGAAUAUGAAUGCAGGAAAUGGAGAAUGCAGUUAUGCUAGCAAUUCCACUCUUCAGAGAAAGGUAAUACAAGAGGCAAAACCUGUUUUAGAAGAUGCCAUCAAGAAGAUUGGUGACUUUCCCAAGUCGUCAUGUUUUAAUAUGGCAGACUUGGGUUGCUCUUCAGGACCAAACACACUUUUCAUAGUAUCAAAUAUCAUAAAAAUUGUACAAGUUUUAUGCCACGAAAAGAGUUGCAAAAUGCCAGAGUUUCAAGCUUAUCUCAAUGAUCUCCCUGAUAAUGACUUCAACGCUAUAUUCAAAUCGAUUCCAUCCUUCUAUCGCGAUCUCAAAGAUGAAGCAAAUUGUUUCAUAUCAGGCGUUCCAGGUUCCUUUUAUGAACGGCUAUUUCCUUGCAAAAGCUUGCAUUUGGUUCACUCAUCUUAUAGUAUUCAUUGGCUCUCUCAGGCUCCUGAAAAGAUUGAGAACAAUAACAACAUAUACAUAGCAAGGACAAGUCCUCCUCAUGUAAUUGAAGCAUAUAUGAAGCAAUUUGACAAGGAUUUCUCAAGGUUUCUGCAAUUACGCUCCGAUGAGAUAGUAAGUGGUGGACGCAUGGUUUUAACAUUUAUGGGAAGGAGCAUUCCUAAUCCCUAUGGAAGUCACUGUGCCUUUCUGGAACUUCUAUCAAAGUCACUCGUGGAUUUAAUACAUGAGGGACUUAUUGAACAGGCAAAACUAGACUCCUUUAAUUUCCCUCUAUAUGCACCAUACAAGGAUGAAGUUGAAAAAAUUGUUCAAAUGGAAGGUUCAUUUGAUGUUGAUACCAUAAAGUUUUUAAAAGUGAACUGGGAUGAGAGGGACAACGAUGAUGAUGAUAUUUGUUUCGAUGCGUAUAGCAGUGGUAAACAUAUAGCAAGAACCAUGAGAGCUGCUUUUGAACAAAUGCUUGUUAGCCAUUUUGAACUAGGAGAUUGCGUUGUUGAUUAUUUGUUUGAGAGAUAUCCCUACCAUUUGGCUUGUCAUUUGUUGAUUCAAAAAGAUAAGUUCUUCCACAUUGUCCUAUCUCUAAGAAACAAAUGA